AGAUCUGCCGAUGUGCACAAUCACACAAGCACCGUAUCAGAGCAGGGGCAGCUGUCCACUGGCGUGGCCUCAGAAGACACACAGGCCUGCAGCAGGCUGUGGGCAGAGCCCGAUCCGCACUACUGCCACUGCUCCUGCACUCAUAGCUGAGCAGCUGUGUGUGCACCACAGAUAACACCUCCUCAGCAGCUCCUCUCCAUCCCUAUGGGCUGUAUGAAACACUCAAAAGGCUUGAUUGUCCUUUUCCAGAUUAAAUCACGUUAAGCAAGGCGUCAUGGGGACUAUUGCUUGUAGUGUAUUCAGCACAUUUCGGUUUCCACACUCCACCAUCACCCUUCAUCUAAAAGAAUGGAAUUUGGAGUUGCCGCUGGAACAUUUGUAUGCAGUGCACACAUAAUACUGGCACUUUUUCUUCAUUCCAGAAAAAACACGGCAUUUCCUGCACAUCCACAAAUGGGGUAGGGAGUCUCUGUGUUCCUAAACUAAAACACAUCUCACUAGAGGGGGAGAGGAGUUAGGCUCUCCCUGUGAAUUGUGCAUUUGUAAAUCCUGCAACUGCCAGGAAUCGAUGCUAGAAAACAAGAACAACAACCACAAGCGCAUUUCCGCAGUGCACUGCACGUUGCGACUUGGCUGUAAAGAAACGGGGCAAGGCUGUGUCAAUUAAAUUGAGCACUUUUGCCUUCUGCCAACCAAUAACAUCCCUCGGGUAGGCUCGGGGUUGACAAUGGCUGCGCGCGUGUGUGUGUGCACAGACCUCCCUCUCCCUCUCAGCACAAGGACACUGAGAACGUCGUAGUUCACCCCCAGCAGCACGGCGCAGAGCCGCUCGCGAGGAGAAGCCGAGCGCUGCCGCCAGACGCAGCGAGCUCGCGGAGCCCUCGCGCUGCAGCAGCGCCUGUUGCCGUUACUACCGGUCCCGCAUGAAGAUGAGCUGAUGGGAGAGACGCGGCGCAGAAGAUGCAGUCGGUCGGUCCUUCCGCACGCACGCCGCCUGUGCUAAAGGUCCCCUCCGGGUGUCUUCUACAGUGGUUUUCCCCGUGCGCUUGAGAAAUGAAGAGGACGACCCCCUUGCUUGAAUACGGCAUUUAACCUAUCACAACGGUCACGCUGCAACCCAGAGCCAGCCCCUGAGGUGUUCGGUGGGCUCUCUGCCCCAGGCGAUGGCCCCUGCCACUGCGAGGGUGCUGAGCUGCACGAUGGGCUGGCCGCUCCUCCCGCUCCGUGCCCUGCUGUCCCUGGCCUUCCUGGCGCUGCUGCCGGCGGGCGCGGCGGGCUCCAAGCUGAACUGCCACCGCACCUGCAUCUGCGCCAGCAACAUCGUCAGCUGCUCCAAGAUGAACCUGACCAGCAUCCCCAAGGCCCUGCCGGAGUACACGGCCGUCCUGGACCUGAGCUACAACAGCAUCGCCCGGCUGCGCGCCGAGUGGACCACGGUGAAGCUGCCCAAGAUGUCCAACCUCCUGCUGAGCCACAACGGCAUGAGCUUCAUCUCCUCCGAGGCCUUCCUGUACGUCACCCAGCUGCACUACCUGGACCUGUCCUCCAACAGCCUGCAGCAGCUGGACGAGCUGCUCUUCGAGCCCCUGACCCAGCUGGAGGUCCUGCUGCUCUACAACAACCAGAUCUCCCAGAUCGACCGCUCCGCCUUCAGCGGCCUGAGGAGCCUCCAGAAACUGUACCUGAGCCAGAACAAGCUGGCCCGCUUCCCCCUGGAGCUGGUCAAGGAGAAGACCCGGCUGCCCAAGCUCGGACUGUUUGACGUCUCCUACAACCGCAUCAAGAGCCUGCCCAUCCAGGAGCUCAAGCUCCUGCCGGCCUGGAUCAAAAACGGCCUCUACUUCCACAACAACCCGUUCGCCUGCGACUGCGCGCUCUACAGCCUGCUGGCCCACUGGCACAUCCGCAGGCUCAGCUCCGCGGUGGACUUUAAGGACGACUACACCUGCACCCUGCCGGGGCCCCAGAAGACCACCGUGAACGUCUUCGAGCUGAACGGCGACUACAUGAACUGCAGCGCCGUGAAGGAGGCGGACGAGGAGGUGUACCUGGACCAGACCCUGACCCUCCGCUGUGACAGCCGCCACAGGGACAUGGUGAAGACCUGGGUGACGCCCAACCACGAGAUCGUCACCUCGGCCACCAGCAACCAGAGCGUCACGCUCCUGGCCAACGGGAGCCUGCAGAUCGGCCCGGCGAGGGUCGAGCACUCCGGGCUGUAUACCUGCUACGCUGUGAGCGAGACCCUCAACGAGACCCUGUACGUGUCCGUCAAGGUGCACAACGCCACGCUGCAAGCUGGCAACGACACACUGAACACUGCCUACACCACGCUGGUGGGCUGCCUGGCCAGCGUCGUCCUGGUGCUCAUCUACCUGUACCUGACCCCCUGCCGCUGCCCGUGCUGUCCCCGCAACGGGAAGGCCAAGAGCCAAAACGAGGACAGCAUCCACUCCUCCACACUCAGCGCCACGCCCACUCAUGACGCGCUGGGCAGCAAGGCGGGGCUGAGCAGGCACGUGGCGUUCGUAGAGCCUUCCAAAGACCUGCAGGGCCAAAACGGAAAGGUGAACCCUAACGCGGAGGACGAGCAGGAGAGGAAGCGAGCGAGGGGACAGAGAAAGAGGUCAGACGCCGAGUCCAUCAGCUCGGUGUUUUCCGACACACCCAUUGUGGUGUAAAGAGAUGAUGGGCGCAUCUCACGUCUGUGCGCGCUUCGCUGCGUCCGCCACCCCGGGGUGGAACGUCCUACUGUGAUUUUUCUGGAAAUGGGGGAAUUGGGGUUUUGCUCUUCUUGGUCAGUGUUUGAACUAGUUCUCAAGAGCGGUUGACUGCAGUGAGGGCUGUAUGUUCCAUUAGCCUCGUGUUAGAGACAGAAAUAGAGAGAAGAAGUUAAAGGAACAAAGAAAUAACCCUUUCCAGCAGUUUAAUUUGUAGCACUUAUCUCUUAUACUGUGAAAUGGCCUGGUAAACUCUAGUAAUGCUGGCAGAAGCUACAAAAGGGAGAAGGGCCCAUUAAACAAUAAUUAUAACAAUAAUUACAAUGCGUCCCAGAAAAAAAAAGAAUAAGGAAGAGUCCGUCCAUGGGAAUGCUGUACAUCUAUAAAUAAGAAACGAGCAUGUGACUUGCAGUACUCGUUUAAUAUUUUACAUGAAUACUCUAAUACAAACUGCCUUUCUUCCUACAAAAAAGGGCCGAACUAAACUCCCUGCUGCUGACAGGCAAGAGCACAGUGCUAUGAAUAGGCCCCUGAAUCACUGUAAACGACAAGGGGAAGCUGAAGGAAUGGCCACCACCAAACAGGAAACAGUGUUUAAUCGCGUCAGGUAGCGUAACCAAGCCACGCUGCACCACACUUGGAGUACUGUGCAAGCAAGGGUCUGGGCUGGGCACCUCUGGAGUCCUGUAAGGAAAACAUCUCUGGAAAAUGAAUAACAUGUUGUGGUUUUGCUAAUAUGGUGAUUUACCAACAUGCCCCAAGUCAAACGUUAAGACACAUCCAACACAUAGCAUAUCACCUUAAGGAGGAGCGAGGCUGGGCUGCUUGUGCACUGGUGAAGGUACGAGAGGGGUUGUACCUAGUGAUGACUAUUCAGCAAUAGUAAAUAAUAUAGUGAAAAUGGAAGGCAUCAAAGGGAAAAGGUGAAAAUGAACCUGAUAAGGGGUAGGAGUGAAUAAAAAGUUUGUAUUUUCUGAACUGAUGAAUUGGCAUAUCUGAUAGUCCUGUGCAAUAUCAGUGUCGGGACACUAGUGUCAGCUUUCUGGCUGCAGGCUUUAGUCACAACAGUAAAGGGAUUGAAUUUCACAGUUCAAGUUAGUUAGGGUUUUUUUUCGAAAAUUGAAAUUUAAGCCGGGAAACAUACUUUAUUGACAUUGUUUUUUGCAUGGGUAUCCAAGGCUGGUGUCCAAGUAUAGGUGAAGAAGGAAUUGAAAACAUCUCGUCAGGAGUCCUCAGCUCCUGUUGUACUGGUGAUUGCAGGACUAAAUGUACUAAAACUUAAUGAUAUGCUUUUACAGGAGGCACAAAACUAAUGUAUUUUCCUGGCUUUAAUUAAGAACUCUGGGCUGUAUUUGUUCUUGAUCCUAAAAGCUACAUUAAUUAUAUAAUUGAAGAAAAAAAUUAAUUGGAACCAUUUCCUUCUAAGCAAGUUUUACCAGAUCAAAUGACUUUUUAUGUAGUUGAAACAUUCUAGGAAUUUGUUCAAACAGUCCAUACAGUAUUGCGGCUGUUCUGUGUGAUAAAUUUAUUUUAAAAAAAUAUUUUAAUAAAAAUAAAAAAACAAACAGCAUUUAAUUGGCUUUCCUUCAGCAAAAGAGAUGAAAAUGGUCAAAGCAAAAUGAUGUGGGGUAUCUUAAUUCUGAGAAAGACAAAACCGCAGGGCUUCAGCAUGGCUGUUUUACAACAAUAUUACUCACCAGGUAAGAAGGGUCUGCGAUAAGCUGGACUCGUCUGUCACGACAAGCAUAAGAUGUCUAAAUUAGGUCUCUUAAUGGAAUCAAGUCAUAUGCUUGCUUGCUUCUUGUACAUUCAAUGUGGUAAACAGAAAAAAAUGGCAGCUUGCUUUUCUAAACCCAGCUACAACAGUCCCGUGUCAGCGUGCUCUCUGUCCCCCAAUUGAACUCUAUUCCAGCGCCUCAAACCAUCCUUGUCACACAAAGUCGAAAACCGAAACCCAGCCCAUCGGGACGGACUGCUCUGCAUUCUCAUUGUGCCUUUAAUCGCCGUCAAUUGGAAACGAACCCGCGUACCAAAGAAGUGGGGGGAAGAGAAUGUAAAUAAAAAUGAAUCACGGAAAAAGAGGAAAUUUAGGACUGUCCUCUCCAGAAAAACAGGAUGGGCAGUAGAUAUAUCUGGGCGAUGGAAGACCAGUGAAUCUCUCUGUUGUGUCCAUUUAUACAGAUGCAUUUUUAACAAAACAGGGGCAUUUUAAUUUGGGAGGAAUGCUGUGAAAGGCCCUGAGAUCCCUUUUCUCUGUGUUUAUUCUCAGACAUGUUUUAUGCCAGAAACUGGGCAGAUUUGUAUCACUGUGAUCAUGGUUGAAAACUCGCAACAUAUUUUUUUUUUCCCUAUAUCAUUUAUUAAAACUGUGAGGAAAAUAACCAUUUUGUGGGAGGAUGUUGGAUAAAUCUUCAACUCUCUAGGACAGAGCGCACUCUAGUUCCUCCACUGCUUGCCAGGGGUGAGAGGGGCUUCAGCAAUUUUACUGCAGGCAAAUGAAAAGUAAAGGAGGAUUCUAAAUUAUGAAUAUAUAUCUUGUCACCCAUUACCAGUUAAGAAGCAAUCAAUCAAGUUAGUCACUCUAAAAUCUUAAGACACUGGAAACAGGUUAAAUAGGUCAAACAAGAUUAAGGUUUGCCAGUUCCUCAACAUCUUCUAAAAUGUACUAUAGUACAUCAAUCCCCAUCCCUGAGACAGGUCUAGCAUGAUGACUAGAUUCUUGAUUCAGAGUCUAGAUUCAGAUCCUUUUUGUAAAUGUAUACUAUUCCUGGAACAUGUAGAUAGAUUCUGGGACUGUAGGAGUCCAAAAUAAGCUGCCCAGCCAUGUGGUUGAAGCUGGUACUCUGGCUUCUUUGAAGAACCAUCUGGAUGAGAUCCUGGAAUCGAUGAACUAUCAGCCACCAAACGGGCUAGAAGGGUCAGAUGGUCUCUUCUCAUUUGUAAGCCUUCUUAAAGUAAGAAAAAAACUACAAACAACAACAAAAAACAAGUAUUAGCCAUAUCAUACUUCUUGAAUGUUGAUAUAUCUUCUGACUGAAAAGAUUUUGCACUGUAUGUAGUAUUCAUCAUUUAUUGAUUUACUUAUAGAAUAAAGAAGUUUAUAACUA